CCCGUACCAAAUUGUAUUGCUGUCUAAAACCAAGAUCAAUGGCAUCGAUAAUUCUAUGAGCUCCUGGUUUUCCUAGGAGAUUAGACUCCGAGGGUCGGCCGGUCAAGUCACGUUGUCAUGCCCGAGUUCAUACCAGCGUAGCCGACAGAGGGGCCCUGAGAAAAUCGAAACUCGGAAUGCAGAAUACUGGUGGAGAGAUUGGGACAAGGCCGGUGGGGCAGAAGCUGAACAAAUGGCUCCCCCCAUGCUCCGGACUCGGAUCUGGCAGUCUUGCCUUGAAAAGUGCUGCUGCCCCUCAUAUUCCUCUUCAUCCCCUUUCCUGCCUUCUCUGACCGCUGCACUCCUCUAUUUCCCCGUAUAACUGUCCUCAGUAAGUCGCAUUGCAGUCAGUGACUACGAAGGCCAGCUAACAUAUCUCAAGCUCUCAGCUUCUCAAAAAGUUCCUCCUUGCAUCACAAUGGCCCCUCAAUUGCACCGCAACCCCCCUUUCCGUGCUGAGCACUUGGGUUCUCUCCUCCGGACAGAUGAUCUUCUGAAGACCAAGAUUGCUUUCGAGAAGGGUGAAGCUUCCAAGGCCGAGCUGGAUGCCAUUGAGAACAAGGAUAUCAAGGAAGUCGCCGAGACGCAGAAGAAGCUGGGCUAUGCUGCCAUCUCUGACGGAGAGUACCGCCGGCACAUGUUCUGGGGUACUUUCUUCCCUGGCUUGGACGGAUUUGACGAAGUGACUGAUUUCGACGCCGACAUCUUCCGUCCUUACGCCCCUGAUGUUGCUGCCUUCCUCGAGGCUGGCCACAAGCCUGGCGAGACCGUUCUAUGUACCGGCAAGAUCAAGCACGUUGGCAGCACGUAUGUCGAUGAGUUCAAGUACUUGGCCAGCGUCGUCCCCGCCGACGAAGUGAAGAACCUGAAGAUCACCCUUGCCGCUCCCAACUGGUACCACUUGCGGUACAAGGAGGGCAAGGCCUACCCCAAGGAUAUCUACAGCUCUGAUGAGGAGUACUUCGGCGACAUCGCCAAGGCCGUCCAGGCUGAGCUGCAGAUCCUCUAUGAUGCCGGCUGCAGAAACGUCCAGUUUGACGACCCCAACCUUGCUUACUUCUGCUCCGAGAAGAUGCUCGCGGGCUGGAAGGAGGAUUCCUUGAACGUGCGCUCCGCCGAUGAGACCUUUGAGCAGUACAUCAAGCUGUACAACGACUGCGUCGCUAAUCGCCCCGCCGACAUGCACGUUGGCGUUCACCUCUGCCGCGGUAACUUCGUCGGCAGCCGUCACUUCUCCGAGGGUGGCUAUGACCGCAUCGCCACCAAGCUUUUCCAAGAGCUCAACGUCGACACCUACUACCUCGAGUACGACACCCCACGUGCCGGUGGCUUCGAGCCCCUGAAGGAGCUCCCCACCCACAAGAACGUCAUCCUUGGUGUCGUGACCAGCAAGUUCGCCAAGCUCGAAGACAAGGAGGAGAUGAAGAAACGCGUCUACGACGCGGCAAAGUUUAUCGCUGAGGGCAACAACAUUUCUCUGGAGCAGGCGCUCAAUCAGGUCGGCGUCAGCCCCCAGUGCGGUUUCGCCAGCCACAGAGAGGGUAACGCCAUUGACCGCGACGGCAUGAUCGCCAAGCUGAAGCUUGUCCGGGAAAUCGCCGACGACAUCUGGCCCGGUCAGCAGUAAGCUGAGAGAAUUUUCUCAGAUACCAUCUCACCCACCCCUCCCAUAAGAAGGAGUUCUAGCAAGGCUCCGACUCCUAGUCGAUUUCAACAAUGAGCGUGGAGUGAUGAACGAACGUGACGACAACUUUGUGUGUGUUUAGGAUACCAC